CUGACACACCCAUUAUUUUUAAGAGUUUCUCCUAAAUCGGCAAGUUAGGAGCUACUUUUAGCCUUAAGAUGUUUUGUGAAUACGGCCCCAGAAUUAUAUCACCACUCCGACACCCUGCUCUGAAAAAUCCAUAUCGAUCAAACUAUAAGGUCACAGACAAGACUUAAGCCUAAUCCCAAACUAAAAUGCAUGUUUGAGCCGUUUUAACUGAAAGCAUCUUGCCCUGUCAGUGCCAUUGUUUUGUUUCAAGAUGCACACCAGCAAUGUUUUCUCCUAAGACAUAGACUUGAGACAUUUAUAAAAGCUACUUAAAUGCCUUAAUUGAACUAAGGUCUAAUCCUGGCUUAUUCUAAGCCCUGUCUGUGAAACCGGGCCGUAACCUAAACUACUCAAAGAUAUAAUAUUUUAAGAAUGGCACUUGACAGACAACACCCACAUAUAAUACACACUACAACAAAACUAUUUACUUGGGCCUAGGACACACUAAACGAUUUUCGAAUCUUAAAGGGGAUUAAGCUUUCAUGUAUUCUUUUGAGCUCUUUGUGAAACUAUAUUAAUUAUUUGGCCUAUUUGUUUGAUUCCUUCUCAAACUUUUUAUUCCAGUGUUUAUUCCUGCUUUGCAAAUUCAUUUUGAAUUUUUUUCAUAACGAUUCUUAAUCUUCGGAAGAGACAUGAAUUGCGCAGCUCUCUCGUGAGAAGUGAAUCAAACUGACGUUCUCCUUGUUCCGUGUGAUUGGCUGUUUGCUGCACGUCACACUUUCAGGUGCACGCGCUUUGCAAACUCUGGAUUAAACCCGAGUUGACAGAGAAAGUUUAUACCGAGCGUUGUGCAACAGUUGAUCCUGAUCUAAACCAGGUUGGAUUUGUCAACUCCAAACUUACUCUGAAACUCAGAGUUUGUUCAACUAGCGUCAUGCAACAGGCCACAGAGGCAGCCCGAUCAAGAGUUUGGGAUCAUCUAGUCAUGGGAUCACUAAAAUAAUCAUAAUGACACUACACAAUUUUUUUGGACAAAAAGUCAGUUCUGAGAAGCCUUGAAUUGGACCAACACCACAGAUUAUUGGGGAUUGCAAUUCAGGCUUAAAAUCUUCAAGUGUGUGGCCAGCCUAAGUAGGCUCUCCUGAAAAGCGUUGAGUUCAAAACUGAAAAAGUAGCACAGAUAUUAGCCUCUCUUAAUUUGCUGAGCUAUAAUGGGUAUCUGCAGGUGCAGCUCUUUAACAUAAUUGCCAUAUUAUGCCGGAAGAUAAUUAACUGUAGGCGUGACGAGCAAUUUGCAUCCUUUCACCACCUGAACCUUGUUUCUUCUCUGGCCAGAUGUUUUAUGGAUUUCAAAAGUGAUAUUUGGUGCAAGUAUGGCUGAAUCUACAAAAAGCAGCAAUAAAUAUCAAUGGCAAAUGGAGCAAGUCCUGACUGCCACUUUAAUUAGAGUGAAAAUUCAAAUUCAAAUCAUACAAACACAUGAAUUACAAUGCUCCAAAACGCUCAGCAGAAAGCAACAGAAUACUGGAUAUCCACCUGAAUUCUACCUUUUUUAAAUAAUAUGCAAAAAAACUAUGAAAUAUGCAACAAUAUGUGACAACAUACUCCUUUUGAAGCAUGAAGUCACUAUUGAAUGUUUAAUUCAUCAGUAUUAGUAACCACCAAUUAUAAUCUUGGAAAUUAAAACAUACAUUUUUAAUGCCGUUUUGUAGAAGUGUCUUAACUUUGUCAUCUAAUCAUUUAAUUAGUUAAAAAUCACGGUUGAUAUUAUUUCUGGGUCAUUCAUCAUCACAAUGUAAAUGGAAGAUCAAGUCAAGCUCAUUCAUUUGUGCAAUAUUCCUCCACAGUAUGAUCUCUUUAGUUUUAUGAACAAGAAAAAGAAAGAGUCAACUAAAUGUUAUCUGCGUAUAUCUUAUUGUUUAGUCCAUACUUAACUAGUAACUACUUACAUACUUAACUACUUAGCUGUUUACGAACUAAAAUGUGAGGUAGCAAAAUUAAACGACUUGAAAGCUUACUGGAGAUAUCCUGAAGGUUGAGUCAUCUGACUUCCGUUUGCCACGCGAGAUUGAAAGCACACGCUUUCCAAUUAGUGUACACUUCCGUACACGUCAUAAAUGGCCGAUGAAGGCCUGCUGAAGACCUGCCAAGCGGCAAACACGUAAUUGAAAGAGAAAAAUUAUUGCCCUGUGUUAUUAAUAUAUUAAAAAAUCCAGUAUGUCUAAUGAAGGAGCAAAAAAGAAAGGAAAAGUACCAGGGGACAAAAAAACCGUCUAAACGGAGAGCAAAGAGGAGGGAAACUUAUGCAGUGUAUAUCUACAAAGUUUUGAAGCAGGUUCAUCCGGACACUGGUAUCUCCAGCAGGGCGAUGAGCAUCAUGAACUCGUUUGUAAACGACGUGUUUGAGCGCAUCGCUACAGAGGCGUCCCGGCUCGCGCACUAUAACAAGCGCUCGACCAUCACGAGCAGAGAGGUGCAGACCGCAGUCCGGCUCCUGCUGCCCGGAGAACUCGCCAAACACGCCGUGUCAGAGGGUACCAAGGCCGUCACCAAAUACACCAGCUCGAAGUGAUCACCUGAGAGCUGUCCUGGGGGUGGGAAUCUUUUCAACUUAAAAAAAAAAAAAGAAAAAGAAAAAUGUAAAGUGAGUCAUGUUUGCAAUCACUAUUCAAUAUUAAAAAAUGCACCCAGAAA